GUAUACACAUGAAUUAGUUCAUAACCUUAAAAAGAAUAUCUCAUUCAUAAAUUGUUAAAUUCUGUUUAAUUAAAUUUUAAUUAAUAAAUAAUGGCAGUACCUGGUGUUCCUGCAGAUGUUGAAGUUGAACAAAUAAAAUCUUUUAAAGAUUUUUUAUCUUCAUAUAACAAACUUUCAGAGGUUUGUUUUAUUGAUUGUAUAUCUGAUUUUACAACUCGAGAAAUAAGAGAUAAAGAAGAAAAAUGUGCUCUAAAUUGUAUGGAAAAAUAUUUAAAGAUGAAUCAAAGGGUUUCUCAACGAUUUCAAGAAUAUCAGAUGGUAAUAAACGAAAAUGCGAUGGCUACUGUAAAGAAACUUGAAGGAAAAUAAAUAAUUCAUUUUGAUGUAUAAAAUUCUCCACUAGUUUAUAAUUAAAAGCAUUUAUAUUCAAAUUAAACUUUAUUGAUGAAAGAACAUAA